AUGGCCACAACGUUUCUUAACGAUAUAACGGAUGAUUUUAAAGAAUUAUACGAAUCUAAAGAAGAUUAUGAUGCAAUUAUCAUCGCUGGAGAAGAGCCAUAUAUUAAAGAAUUUCAAGUCCAUUCUUUAAUUCUUCGUGCUAGAUCAUCUUAUUUUCGUAGUGCAUUUUCAGCUAAUUGGGCUGAAAGAAACAAUGAUGGUCAUUUAGUUUUAAAAAAGCCUAAUGUUCGUGCACUAGUCAUCGAAAUUAUCCUUAAGUAUCUGUAUUGUGGAAUGUUGGAAUUUCAAAACCAAGAAAACGAAAUAAUCUUAGAAGUUUUAAUUGCAGCAGAUGAAUUUGGACUUCAAAAACUUAUUAAUUCUAUUGAAGAGUUUUUAACCAAAAUUUGUUACAAGCUAUUACAAUCAGAUCCUAUUAAAGUGAUUGACUUUAUUAUUUGUCAUAAUGCAUUCGAUAAUCUCAAAAAAGUUUAUUUAGAGACCUUUGAUAAAAAUUUCAAGGUCUUUUUACAGCAAGAUCCCAUUAAAACAUUAGAGAAGACAUUACAUGAAUUAGUUCAACUUGUUAGAUUUCAUCAAAUAAAUGGUGAAGAGUUCAUGCUUGAAGUAUGGCCAUACAGGCAUCUCCUUCCUGAUAGCUUAAUCGAGGAUAUCUUUCGUUGCUAUUUAGUUUCAAAUGCUGUACCGAAAUGUCAAUCAUUCACAGUCAGAUGGGGUAAUUUUAAACCAGACACAGUUUUAAUUAAUAAAGAAAUUGCAUCAUUAUUAACAAAAUGGGUAGAUAGAAAAGCUGUAGAUGUUAUAGAUGUUAAGAAUUUAAAGGGAAUCCGAUAUAAUUUUAAUCUUAUUUUUCGAAGUAGCAUAGAUGGUUUUUCAUCUCAAACAUUUCAUCAAAAAUGUAAUGAUAAAGGGGCAACGAUUGUUAUAGCGAAAAUUUUAGGUUCAAAUCAGCUAGUUGGUGGUUAUAAUCCACUUGACUGGAAUGGAAAUUGUCUAUAUAAAACUACAGCAGAUAGCUUUUUAUUUUCAUUAGAUCUUAAUAAUCUUUAUAGUGCAAAAUUAGGACGAGUUACUAGUAGCAGUUGUGCAGUUUGUUGCAAGAAUAAUUACGGUCCAACUUUCGGAGAUGGUUACGAUUUACACGCUCCAAAUAACAGUAAUAAUUGGCAAUGUAAAGUUAGUUCUUACCCUAACAUUGAAAUCCCAAAAUCAUUUACAAUCUCAGAUUAUGAAGUGUUUCAACUA